GAACGGCGCGUGGGAGCUGCCGGCCUCCCCGGGCGGGAUGGUGGCCAAGGUCCUCUCCAUGAUGGUGUUUUCCCCACUGGGAUGCUCCUCUGAUCCCAACUGAGAUGCUGAGUGCAGGGAACAGCUCUGGACUUUUUAUGGCACUGGCAGGGCCUGGGGAUGAUUAAUGGCCUCUAAUGGCUGUCGGCACUGAGGGUGGUGCCGUGUACUUCGUCACCCUGCCCACCCUGACGCUGCUGGAAGACAAAACUCUCUUCCCAGAUGAGAUCCUGCAGAGUGUCCCCGAUGACUACCGCUGCGGGAAGGCGCUGGGGCCCGUGGAGUCCAUCCAGGAGCACCCACGCAUCGGCAGCCGGCUCCUCAUCGGCUACAGCCGGGGGCUGGUGGUCCUGUGGGAGCAGAGCACUCGUGUUGUCCAGCAUCUCUUCCUGGGGAACCAGCAGCUGGAGAGCCUGGCCUGGGAGCAGGGCGGGAGCAGCAUCGUCAGCUCCCACAGCGACGGCGGCUACAUGGUGUGGGCAGCGAGCGGCACCGGCCAGAGGAGCCAGCAGCCCGUCAUGUCCACCAUCCCCUACGGGCCGUUCCCUUGCAAAGCCAUCAGCAAAAUCCUCUGGCGAACCUGCGAGUCGGGGAACCCCUUCAUCAUCUUCAGUGGGGGGAUGCCACGGGCCAGCUACGGUGACAGGCACUGUGUCAGCGUGCUGCAGGGCCAGACCCUGGCCACGCUCGACUUCACCUCCCGUGUCAUUGACUUCUUCACCGUGCAGAGCGCAGAGGUGCCCGAGGGAGGCUUUGAGAACCCCCGAGCCCUCGUGGUGCUGGUGGAGGAGGAGCUGGUGGCCAUCGACCUGCAGACGCCGGGCUGGCCCACUAUCCCUGCCCCGUACCUGGCACCUCUCCACUCCUCUGCCAUCACCUGCUCCUGCCACGUCUCCAACGUGCCCCUCAAGCUUUGGGAGAGGAUCGUCAGUGUGGGCGAGCAGCAGAGCCCCCGGCAAUCCUCUGCGGCUUGGCCCAUUGAUGGGGGAAAGAACCUGGCCCAGGAGCCCACACAGCGGGGGCUUCUCCUCACUGGGCACGAGGAUGGCACGGUGCGGUUCUGGGACGCCUCGGGGGUCUCCCUGAAGCCCCUCUACAAGCUGGGCACCGCCAACAUCUUCCAGACAGACUGUGAGCACAACGACAGCCUCAACCAGGCGGGCGAGGAGGAGUGGCCUCCGUUCCGCAAGGUGGGCUGCUUUGAUCCCUACAGCGAUGACCCGCGCCUGGGCGUGCAGAAGAUCGCGCUCUGCAAGUACACGGCCAAGAUGGUGGUGGCUGGCACGGCGGGGCAGGUGCUGGUGAUGGAGCUGAGCGAUGAGAAGUCAGAGCACGCGGUCAGCGUGGCCACCGUGGACCUGCUGCAGGACCGUGAGGGCUUCACCUGGAAAGGCCACGACCGGCUGGCCCCCCGGAACGGGCCCCUCCACUUCCCCCCUGGCUUCCAGCCCAGCGUGCUGGUGCAGUGCGUGCCCCCCGCCGCCGUCACCGCCGUCACCCUCCACUCCGAGUGGAACCUCGUGGCCUUCGGCACCAGCCACGGCUUCGGGCUCUUCGACUACUACCGGCGCAACCCCGUGCUGGCCAGGUGUACGCUGCACCCCAACGACUCGCUGGCCAUGGAGGGGCCCCUGUCCCGCGUGAAGUCCCUCAAGAAGUCCCUGCGCCAGUCCUUCCGCCGCAUCCGCAAGAGCCGCGUGUCAGGCAAGAAGAGGCUCAACGCCAGCAGCCCCUCCAGCAAGGUGCAGGAGGCCAACGCGCAGCUGGCAGAGCAGGCGGGCCCCCCCGAGGUGGAGAUGACGCCGGUGCAGCGGCGGAUCGAGCCUCGCUCGGCCGAUGAUUCGCUUUCGGGGGUCGUGCGGUGCCUCUACUUCGCCGACACCUUCCUCCGUGAUGCCGCCCACCACGGCCCCACGAUGUGGGCAGGGACCAAUUCUGGGUCGGUGUUUGCCUACGCCCUGGAGGUGCCAUCGCAGGAGAAGUUCUCGGAGCGGGCGGUGGAGGCGGUGCUGGGGAAGGAGAUCCAGCUGAUGCACCGGGCACCGGUGGUGGCCAUUGCGGUGCUGGACGGGCGGGGGAACCCCCUGCCCGAGCCCUACGAGGUGUCUCGGGACCUGGCCAAGGCCCCCGACAUGCAGGGCAGCCACUCCAUGCUCAUCUCCUCCGAGGAACAGUUCAAGGUGUUUACGCUGCCCAAAGUGAGUGCCAAGACCAAGUUCAAGCUGACAGCACAUGAGGGCUGCCGGGUGCGGAAGGUGGCUCUGGUGAGCCUGGCCAGCGCUGGCUCCGAGGAGCGGCUGGAAAACUGCCUGGCCUGUCUCACCAACCUGGGGGACAUCCACAUCUUCACCGUGCCCAGCCUGCGGCCCCAGGUCCACUACAGCUGCAUCCGUAAGGAGGACAUCAGUGGCAUUGCCUCCUGUGUCUUCACCAAGCACGGCCAAGGUUUCUACCUAAUUUCACCAUCGGAGUUCGAGCGCUUCUCGCUGAGCGCCAGGAAUGUGACGGAGCCACUGUGCCGGCUGGAGAUCGCCCGGCUCCAGGACACCUCCUGCCUCAGCAACAGCUCGACGGUGACACCCAAGCUGCCACAGGCGAACGGCACCCACGUCCCACGCGGCUCCGAGGGCCAGCCCUCCCCCUCGGACAGCGACCGGUCCCCUGAGGAGCACCCGGCUGCCUUCUCGCCCGGCCCCAUCGACUCCCCCAACAGCAGCAUGGAGAACCCGCUGGACACCACCGGGGACAUCACCGUGGAGGAAGUGAAGGAUUUCCUGGCGUCCUCGGAGGAAGCGGAGCAGAACCUGAGGAACGCCAGCGAGGACGAGGCCCGGCCCACGGGGAUCCUCAUCAAGUGAGGCAUCGCCGGCCUCCCUGACCCAUCUCAGUGCUCGGAUUCCCGGGAUGCGCGACUCGACUGGACCCCCGCGCCCCCUCCCCAUGUAACGUAGACUCGUCUCCUCUCUAACAUCCGCGCCGGCCGCCGCUGCGCCCCGGCUCCGGCACUCCCCACGCAC